AUUACAACUCAGAAAAUAAUAACGUGAACUGGAGUAAAGCUAUGGACGCUUCCCAAUACCCUGGUUAUUCCUCAAACUACUGGUACCCCCAGUCACAUUCCACAGCAGGGCACUAUGCAAAUGCCUAUCCUUCAGGAUCUGACAUGCAGCCACCUUACAACCCACAGGCAAUGCAAGCAUAUCCAAAUGGCCACGGUGUCUAUAACCCUGGUCCAGGCCAGUAUCCGGCAAGUUCUUUCCACCCAUCCAAUCCAUUUUACUGUGCAGACCAGAUGUCUCCCAGGCAGGCCCCAGGCCAGUACCCUAGCCAGGGCUGCCCAGGACCAGAGCAGAGCACAGGGGGGUCAGGACAACCACACGCCCAGCACCAACAUCCGCACCACCACUAUCCUGGACCACACUGUCAAGGGGCCUCUAGCUAUCUUCCUGGGUCUUACCCGCACUAUGGGGAAGGUGGUCCUGCGUUGCCCCCAUACCCCACUGGACAAGCCAUUCACCAUAGGCCACAGGCUGAGGCUUGGGCCCACUCGGGUGGGUAUGGGGGGCAGCCAGGCUCGCAGUGGUGGCCAGGCACCCAACCUCCACACAGCCACUAUGGGACCCCUGUCUGCCCCCAACAACCCCCAGCCUGGCCAGGGACUGGCACUGGAGCACCACCCCCCUAUGAAGCCAAGGACCAGCACUACCCAGGACCCCAUCAGCACCAGCGUGACCCACAGGUGGGACCCAAACCCAGACCGGCCCACUCCCCUAACCCCACUAAUGGCAAGCCUGUUGACUUCAGCUCACCUCCCCAGAUGUACAAUAAACCAGGGCGGGGGGGGGCGCAGGAGCCAAAGCCUUCCCAGGGUGAGCCUCCACCCCCAGUCCCAGCUCCAGCCCAACCCCAGGGACCGAUCGGGCCUCAGUGCCUGAGCGACAACCCUAGCCUGGCCAAAGUCCAGCAGGUCAUUGCCCGGGUGCUUUUGCUCCAUGAGGAUGUGGACGAGUUUGUGGGUAAAAAAUCAGACAAGAGUUACAGGUACCUAGAGGAACUGCUGGCCAAGGAGCUACUGGUGCUGGAUUCAGUGGAGACUCAGGGACAGGAAGUGGUAAGGCAGGCCCGAAAGGAAGCUGUGCAGAGGAUCCAGGCCAUACUGGACCGGCUGGAGAAAAAGGCCUUCUGAACUGAACCGGUUCUGUAUAUGGACGGGUCUUACUGUUCUUUUUCUUGUGACAUUUGAAUCUUCCACAGUCAGGUUGUGGGCCUUAUUUCAGAUUUAAACCGGUCCCUUAGAAUUCAUUGGAGUACUAAGUCCUUGUUUGUUGACUACACCUCCCGGAUCAGAAAGGUUUAGAUAGGCUGAUUGUCAACAAGGGCGUAGGGGUUGGUUUGGAAUCGGGCCAGUUUGGGCUACUUUAUGCAGGUGUGAUCACAACAUAGUCCCCUGUAGCUCAGUUGGUAGAGCAUGGAUGUGCAACGCCAGGGUUGUGGGUUCGUUUCCUACGGG